AUGGUCAACCCCCUCUACGUCGUGUACGCCCUCUCCGCCAUCGCAGGAGUUGAGGCAUGCAAGAGAACCUGUUCUGCCUCCAACGACGCCGGCACCACCUGCAGUUACUCUUGCACACAGGUUUGCUCCAGCAUCUCUGCCAAGCAAGCUCGUGAUACCUUCCUCGCGGCUCUCCAGUCUGGCGGCAACUCGUGCUCUGCUGUUGGAACUAGUGGUGUCUCGUGUAGGAAGACGGCCAAAUUUGGAAGCUGCUAUGAUCACCAUUGGUCAUGUGGCAGUGGCUGCUAG